GCGGAAGGUCCUUUCUUUAAUUAGAGUAAAGUUCACGGACGAUAUUUUGACCUGUCAAAUAUUGUGCCUCAGCUUUUGAGUUGAUCACGUCCACAUCAGCAUGUUUGCACUAAAGGCAUUAAGGGUUUUUUCUCCUGCGACGAAAAAUGUUUAUUUGCGGAGUAAACAGGCGUUUAGCGUGACUAUGUCGAGAAUGCAGCAUACGGAGGUCCAGCAUGGGGAAACAGCAGCACCCUUUCGACCAGAAACGUCCAUGGCCAAGACACUGAUGGACAUCGGCACCAGACGGAUCUUCUUAGAGGAGCAUGACCUGUUCCGUCAAAAUGUGCGGCGGUUCUUUCAGGAGGAAGUUGUUCCGUAUCACGCUCAGUGGGAGAAGGCUGGUGAGGUCAGCAGAGAGGUUUGGAAAAAGGCCGGAGAACAUGGAUUGCUGGGAAUAUAUACAUCUGAGGAGCAUGGAGGAAUCGGAGGGGACCUCCUGUCUGCUGCUAUAGUGUGGGAGGAGCAAAUGUACUGUAACUGCAGUGGUCCUGGGUUCUCUCUUCACUCUGAGAUUGUAAUGCCUUAUAUCAGUCACUAUGGCUCUAAGGCUCAGAUCGAGCACUAUAUUCCACAGAUGACUGCUGGGAAAUGCAUCGGGGCCAUCGCUAUGACAGAACCUGGAGCCGGCAGUGACCUUCAAGGAGUGAAGACAUUUGCAAAAAAAGAUGGAACUGACUGGAUUCUUAAUGGAAGCAAGGUGUUCAUCACUAACGGUUGGAUGAGUGAUGUGGUGAUUGUAGUUGCUGUAACUAACCGUGAAGCAAAGACAGCAGCUCAUGGAAUCAGUCUGUUCCUGGUUGACAGCGGCACUAAGGGCUUCCAAAAGGGCCGCAAACUGGAGAAGCUCGGACUUAAAGCUCAGGAUACAGCUGAACUGUUCUUUGAGGAUGUGCGUUUGCCCGCUGAAGCUUUGUUGGGUCAGGUCAAUAAGGGAUUUUAUUAUCUGAUGAAUGAGCUGCCACAGGAGCGCCUUCUUAUAUCAGUCAUGGCUCUUGCCAGCUGCGAGUUCAUGUUUGAAGAGACAAGGAACUAUGUGAUGCAGCGGAAGGCGUUCAGCAAGACCAUCGCUGACCUGCAGGUAAAUAUAAAGGGGACAUAUUAA